UUACACUCUCUCACCUCCACGCUUCUCACUGCAGGAAGAGGGGACAGAGAGAGAGAGAGGGGGGGAGGUGAAUAUUUCUAGAGAGAGAGAGAGAGAGGGGAGAAAAAGCAAAGUACAGAGCAGAGGUUAAAAAAGUUUGCAGAGAGCCAUUAAAAGUGCCGAAGAAGAUAUACUCCAAAAAAAAGUGCCCAAGUACAGAUUUUUAUUUACAUUCAAGAAAUUAGCAAAAAUCCCAUCUCGGUCUCUUGGGUUUUGGCCUAAGUUAUGUGAUGGGAUCAGUUGCUUGAUCGGUGCAGCAAUGUUGGAGUUGGGCUGGAUAUAGGGUACUAUCAUUUGGGGUUUUGUGGUUUUUCUCUUUAAAUGCUGUGUCUUUCUUUCUUUGGAUCUGAGACAUUAUCCCAUGAGCUGGUGAAAUUUGUCACCUAUUUUGUAUAUAUACUGUAGAUUUUGUAUGUGGGAAUGGAGAAGUGGAUGAAAAGAGGGAGUAUGGAGUUACUGGUGGUUUGGUUGAUCUUGGUGGUGCCUCCUCUGAGGUGUAUUUAUGCUAAUAUGGAAGGUGAUGCUUUACAUAGCCUUAGGACAAACUUAGAGGAUCCUAACAAUGUGUUGCAAAGCUGGGACCCUACCCUUGUCAACCCAUGCACAUGGUUCCAUGUCACCUGCAACAACGAUAACAGUGUAAUAAGAGUUGAUCUUGGAAAUGCUGCUUUAUCAGGUCAAUUGGUUCCACAGCUUGGCCUGUUGAAGAAUUUGCAGUACCUGGAAUUAUACAGUAAUAACAUAAGUGGGCCAAUACCCAGUGAUCUUGGAAAUCUUACUAAUUUGGUGAGCUUGGAUCUGUACUUGAACAGUUUCACUGGUCCCAUUCCAGACACGUUGGGCAAGUUGUCGAAAUUGAGAUUCCUGCGGUUAAAUAACAACAGCUUGACAGGCCCCAUCCCUAUGUCAUUGACUAAUAUCUCAUCCCUUCAAGUUCUGGAUCUAUCGAACAACCGUCUCUCAGGUGCAGUUCCAGACAACGGUUCCUUUUCUUUAUUUACGCCUAUAAGUUUUGCAAACAACUUAGAUCUGUGUGGACCAGUCACUGGACGGCCAUGCCCUGGAUCUCCGCCAUUCUCUCCACCCCCUCCGUUUGUUCCACCACCACCAAUUUCUGCCCCAGGAGGAAAUAGUGCAACUGGAGCCAUUGCUGGAGGGGUUGCCGCUGGUGCUGCUUUGCUAUUUGCUGCACCUGCCAUUGCAUUUGCAUGGUGGCGUCGGAGAAAACCGCAGGAGUAUUUCUUUGACGUUCCAGCUGAGGAGGACCCUGAAGUUCAUCUUGGCCAGCUUAAACGAUUUUCUCUCCGUGAGCUGCAAGUUGCAACCGAUAGUUUCAGCAACAAAAACAUAUUGGGACGUGGUGGCUUUGGAAAGGUAUAUAAAGGACGGCUGGCUGAUGGUUCACUUGUUGCCGUCAAAAGACUUAAAGAGGAGCGAACACCUGGUGGAGAGCUUCAAUUUCAAACGGAGGUCGAGAUGAUUAGUAUGGCUGUGCACCGUAAUCUUCUGCGACUCCGUGGCUUUUGUAUGACCCCAACGGAACGUUUGCUGGUUUAUCCAUAUAUGGCUAAUGGAAGUGUUGCAUCCUGUUUAAGAGAACGACCACCAAAUGAACCACCACUUGAUUGGCCAACAAGGAAACGCAUUGCUCUGGGAUCUGCGAGAGGAUUAUCAUAUUUGCACGAUCACUGUGACCCGAAGAUUAUUCAUCGAGAUGUAAAAGCUGCAAAUAUAUUACUGGACGAAGAGUUUGAGGCUGUUGUUGGAGAUUUUGGUUUGGCUAAACUCAUGGAUUAUAAGGAUACCCAUGUGACUACUGCUGUCCGUGGCACUAUAGGACACAUUGCUCCUGAGUACCUAUCCACUGGAAAAUCUUCUGAGAAAACUGAUGUUUUUGGGUAUGGAAUUAUGCUUCUUGAGCUGAUAACAGGACAGAGGGCUUUCGAUCUCGCUCGCCUUGCAAACGAUGAUGACGUCAUGUUGCUUGAUUGGGUGAAAGGGCUUCUAAAAGAAAAGAAACUGGAAAUGCUGGUGGAUCCAGAUCUGCAGAAUAAUUAUGUGGAGGCAGAAGUGGAGCAACUAAUUCAGGUUGCUCUCCUCUGCACCCAGAGUUCCCCUAUGGACCGGCCCAAGAUGUCGGAGGUGGUGAGAAUGCUGGAAGGUGAUGGCUUGGCCGAGAGAUGGGAUGAGUGGCAGAAGGUGGAGGUGCUCCGGCAGGAGGUUGAACUUGCUCCACAUCCUAGCUCGGAUUGGAUCGUUGACUCGACAGAAAAUCUACAUGCCGUUGAAUUAUCAGGCCCCCGAUGACUUUCAUGGAAAAAUUAUCACUAGGGGCCUCUUUUUUCUUUUCUUUUUUUUUUCUUUUUCUUUUGUCUUUUUGGCUUUACAUUGUUUCUUCUCUUUUCUUUCUAUUAGGGAUAAAAAAGAAAAAAAAAAGAAGAAGGUAAUUUAACAGAUUCAGGUUCUGGUGGGAGCCCUUUGUGUACUGGUAUUGAUUUAUAUUUGUGUAUAGGACUUUGUAGUGGCCAACCCUUUUGCUGUGCUCAAACUGAAUGUAUACAUAGGAAGAGGAGCCUUUGUAUAA